GAAACAUGAACUAUAACUAUAACCCGUUGUACAUACUGGUAAAUGAUAAUAUGAAAACAUUCAUUUCAUUCGUCGUUUAACUUACACUGACUGUGUUUGUGUGCAUACAGGCAUUGAAUUCCUACCAUAGAUUAAUUAAUUUACCAAAACAGAAAAUUAUCAAAAUGAGCGAAAAGGGAAAAAUAGGAAUCAUUGGCAGCGGCCUAAUAGGUCAAAGUUGGGCUAUGCUGUUUGCAAGUGUUCGGUACAACGUUGUAAUCUACGACGUUGACUAUGAGCAAGUAAAAAAUGCACACAAUAAAAUUAAAAAUGAAUUAGAAAUAAUGGAAAAAAACGGAACUCUAAGAGGAAAUAUUGGGGCUGAACAACAGAUUGCUCUUAUUAAAGGCGUCUCUACAUUGGAAGAGGUGUUGAAAGACGCGAUCUUUGUUCAAGAAUGUAUUCCAGAAGUGCUCUCAUUAAAACAAGAAUUGUACGGGCUUAUUGACAAAAUCAUUUGCCCCCAAACGAUUAUAUCUAGUUCAACGUCUACAUUUUUACCGUCUCAUCUCUCUGAAAAAAUGGAACAUCGUAAUCAAGUGAUCGUCGCACAUCCGGUUAACCCACCUUACUUCGUUCCUCUAGUAGAAAUCGUUCCUUCUGAGUGGACCGAAAGCUGGAUUGUACAGAAGACAAGGUCAAUCAUGGAAGAAAUCAAACAGUCGCCAGUUACUCUGUCUAAAGAAGUUCCCGGAUUCGCUUUAAACCGCAUACAAUAUGCGAUUUUGAACGAAUGCUGGCAUCUUGUAAACGACGGCAUCCUAAACGUUCAAGACGUGGAUACAGUCAUGUCAGAAGGCUUGGGCAUGCGUUACGCGUUUCUUGGCCCAUUAGAAACUACUCACUUGAACGCCGAAGGAUUUACGAACUAUACUGAACGUUAUGCAAAUUCAAUGCACGGUGUUUGUCAGCAUUUUAAAGCACCACCAAAAUUUGAAGGACCCCUAGUUAAAGUAAUUGCGGAUCAAUUAAACUCCAAGACGCCCUUGGAAGAUUUGCAGAAACGUAGAUUAUGGAGAGAUCAAUCUCUAACAAAACUGUCACAGCUAAAAAAAUACAAUAAUUAUUAAAUAAUAAAAAAAUGCUGGAAUAAUCAACAAUUGCAAUUUUAAUAUUUGUCAACGUAGAUUCAAUAUAGAUUAAAUUAAAUUUUUAUAUGUUAAUUCAUUAUUUUAGAUUACUAUAAAAGUAUUUAUUAAGCAAAUGUAUAAAAUAAAUAAUUAUAUGACUCGUAA